CAUGCUUUUCCCACCAUCUCCCUUUUGUCAAUUCUUCAAGGCCACUCACUUUUAUCUUCAGGUGGCGGAUGCCAUUUUUAGGCCCAAAUUCCAGAAAUACAAAAAUAAUUUCUGUUUUUUUUUUUUGAAAAUACAAAGAGCCUCCAAUACAAAAACAAGAUUCUUUUAGGUCAAAUGUUGCGUUGAUUUAGUAUUUUCAAAACCCUAAUCAUCAAUAUUAUUCCUUUUGUUUCUUCAGGAGCUCAGCUCAACUGAUUACAGGACAUGGUGCAUCCUGCCUACGAAUUCUGCAUUCGGGUGAGCUUGAUCGUUAUCUUGUGUACCCUUAUUUGCUUAGCUGAAUGUGGGAAAUGUCCACAGAAAGGGGCACACAAACCUUCAAGUUACUCAAACCAUCUUAAUCCGGAUUAUGGCUCGGAACAUCAGAAGACGGUUCCUGUUAAUGACAAUGAUGGUUGUAGGUCUGAAUUGCUUCGCUUUCCUUCAACUUAUUAUGGUUUUCGGUCAGAAGCAGAGUGUUUAAAGGCAGGGAAUGUUAGUUGGUCAUCCGAGGCUGUUGUGAUUCCCUUACUUGAUGGGGGGAGUGUGACUUGUUCCUUAAACUUCAGAGAGUUUGGGCAAGAGAAGUUACCUCCAUCUGUAAUUGGUACUGAUCAAAUUAUCCUUUCUUCCUGUGGAGGGCAUUUACUUACUAAAAAAGAAACAAGUUUUAGUCUGCUGAACAUAGAUAUAGAAAAGUAUACAUCCUCAGUUUCGUCAUCUCCUCGUGUCAAUAUAAGCCCCAGUGUACUAAACUGGGGACAGAACUAUUUAUAUCAUUCGUCUGUAGUUUCCCUGAGAUUAAAGAAUACCUGCAAUGAAAGUGUUUUAAAGGUUUACGAACCUUUUAGCACUGACUCACAGUUCUUUCCGUUCAAUUUUAGUGAGAUAGUAUUAGGACCUGGUGAAGUUACUUCCAUAUCUUUUGCUUACUUACCAAAUAGGUUGGGUUUGUCUUCAGCUGAAUUGGUUUUGCAGACAAGUUUCGGUGGUUUUUUGGUUGAAGCCAAGGGUUCUUCUGUUGAAUCUCCUUAUAGGCUGAAGCCCUUGGUGGGCUUGGAUUCUUUAUUCUUGUCUAAUCCUUUCAAUGAAACCAUUGAUCUAGAGGAAGUAACUGCAUUGAUUUCAGUAAUCGAAACUACCGGUUCUCUUUUAGUAGAGUCAAUCUGCCGGAAACAGAAUCCUGAAGAGAGAAACAAGGUGUCAAAUGGUGAUAGUGAUCAAUUGGAUUCAUUAAUCUUGGCAAUUAGGCCUCUUAACAACUGGUUAAUAAGUCCUGGUAAGUCUCAAAGCAUUUUGGAAAUGGCUUUUUCACCUGAUUCGAGAAGGAAGGUUGUAGGUACAAUUUGUAUGGAGUUGUUUAGACCCCUGCAGGGUGAAAAGGAUAUGGUCGUAGUUCCGUUUGAAGCAGGACUGAAGAAGAUAGAUACAGAUUCGUCACUUUCAGUAUAUGUCGAGGCUGUUGGUCCUUGUGAUGCAAAUGGAGCUGCGUUUUAUGUGUCAGUAAGAAACGGAGCAUCAUAUUUGUUGAAGAUUGUUAAAAUUAAUGAAGUUGUUGACAGCGGACAACUCCUGCAGAUAAAUUACUUGGAAGGACUCCUACUUUUUCCUGGCACUGUCUCACGGGUAGCGCUAGUGACAUACAAAUCCUCCAAUGUCGAGGAUGGUUCCUUCCUUGAGAUACCAGAUGUAAGCACGAGCUGUAAGAUAGAAAUACUGGUGAAUGACUCAAUUAGCCCUCUCCUCGAGGUUCCUUGUCUGAGUUUUUUUGCGAUUUGUCUCAGACAACAACGGGAAUCAUCCUCUCCUAUGCCUGAUAUUAGCAAUAGAACAGAAUCUCUUACAAACACUGAAAAGACUCGAGUAUUAACCAAGGCAUUGGGUGGUGCAGAGAAAGAUGAAUUUCUUCAUGAAGAGUGGAGAACUCAGAGCACCAUGAGCGGGCUUUAUCUGCUUGACAACCACGAGCUCCUAUUCCCACUAAUCCCAGUUGGGAAAUAUCAUGCCAAGUCUAUUACUGUCAGAAACCCCACCCAACAACCAGUCAUAGUACAGCUUAUUCUAAACCCUAAAGAAUGUGUUGGUAAUUGCAAAACCUGUUAUUCUCCAAGUAGUUCAACUUGUAACGAUUCCAACAGAGCGAGUGUGUGUGGGUUUUCAGCAACAGACAGUGCAAUUACCGAGGUUUUUCUGCAUCCACAUGGCACAGCAUCAUUGGGUCCUAUCUUAUUCCACCCUUCCGGUAGAUGUGAAUGGAAGACUUCGGCUUUCAUAAGGAACAAUCUGUCUGGUUUGGAGACGUUAUCUAUGCGUGGCUUCGGUGGGUCCCUCUCCUUAGUGAUGCUUGAGGGUUCAGAACUCGUGCAGAGAUUGGAUUUUAAUAUGAACUCUCCUCUUAAUAUAUCAAACGGGAAUGGGGAUGAUGCUACUUUGGGGUGUGGUAAGCCGUUAUUGAAGAAGCUUUUCGCUGUAAAUGCUGGUGAUUUUCCUGUCAAAGUCAAGAGAAUAGAUGUUUCGGGAAGAGAAUGUGGAUUGGAUGGUUUUGUUGUACAUCAUAAUUGCCGGGGGUUUUCUCUGGAGCCCGGUGAAUCGUUGGAGCUCGGGCUAUCGUACCAGUCAGAUCUUUCUGUGGCUGUUGUACACAGGGAGCUUGAGUUGAUUUUGGGUGCUGGAAUACUUGUAAUACCAAUGCAAGCAAGUAUACCCCUUAACUCACUUAUUAUAUGUAGAGAAUCCUCCUUUUGGUCUCUAGUAGAGAGAUGUUGUUACGCGUUCAUUCUUGUCACAAUCUUACUCUCUCUUUUUUGGCUCUCUGUGCCCUCUGAUUCUGUGGAUUACUUGGAUAAUGGUCAGAAGAGAUCAAUUCCUGUUGUAAGGCAUGAAGAUAAGUCAUCAUCAUCAUCAUCAAGUCUGGUUCUGAAUCAGGAGAAUCGAAAGGGUGUAAUAAGAUCAACUAAAAGAGGCCACAUGAAACAGGUGAUCAUUGCAGAAAAUACAGAUCGAUCUGUGGAUUGCCGAACUGAAACCACCCCUUCUUCAGAACAUACUAAUACUUCUGAAGUAGCAGCAGAACCUGUUUCUUUGACAGUUAAAACUCGAAAGGAAAAGAGAAGACGUUCAAGGAAGAGGAAUGCACUUAUUGAAGUUUCCAGCAGCCAAAGCGGGAAUUCUACACCCUCUUCACCUCUGUCCCCUGUCACAACACCAUCAUCACCCCUGUCCCCUAUCACAACACCAUCAUCACCCCUGUCCCCUAUCAGAACACAAUCUGUUCCUGAAAAACAGAAUCAGAAUCUGUAUUCAACCAAACGAGAAUCCCCGGGUGGAUCCAGGAUGAUGGGAAGUCGAGCUAUGCAUUUGCCUUCUUCUGCAUUUCACGGGACGCGUGUUUCUCCUUCCAGGUUGGCGAUGGAACCACGUACUUGGGCUCCUGGACCAAAGAUCAAACCAGUUCAACCAGAAAAAGGGUUUACUUAUGAUAUAUGGGGUAAACAUUUUUCUGGAAUUCAUCUUUCUGGGCAGAAUAGCUCAUUUAACAUAACCUUUGAAGGUGUAGGUCAUUUUAAUAGCUUCUUUGUCCGGUGUCCACAACAAACCCUGAUGGCAAACUCUCAACCUCCAUCUGUAAGUAGUUUCUGUGAUGAAGGUUAAUAAUAAAUCAGAAAAAUAAUCUAAAUUACUUAGUUUUAUUUUUCUUGUA